AUGGGAAAGCUAUGGCUGCUUUUGAUCGCCACGGGAGGUGCCGAGAAGGUUCUGCAAUGGUUGUUUGGCAUGGGUGGCGACCAGCAGGUCUUUCCUCUCAUGGAUUUUGUGGCGUCACAAUCGGAGGAGAUCGAUGAUUUCCUGGCACGGCAACGCAACGACUUGGCCAAACCGGGCUCAUCCUUGACGCAACUGCGGAAUGCAGCAAUGCAGCUGAGAUAUGGAAGUGCUGCAGCAGAUGAAGCGUCCCUGGCCGCGUGGCUGCUGAAGAUUCGUUGGAGCAGCUUGCUGUGGCCUGAGACAGAAGAAGCGCGGGACUUGGUCUCCCACCUUGCCGCCAUCCCACCGCAGGUGGAAGGCUCCCCCUGCGACGCCGCGUCCUACGACGUGGACGACGUUUUUCUGGAGCGCCUGGAGCGUGCGAUGCAGGGCCUGGAGACCUUGGCGCUGGAGCAAAAUGAGUUCAAAUGGGCCGACUUCUUUGGUCGCCAGAUCAGUCAGCAGCCUCUGUGCCUCAUGGGCGUGGCGACCUUGUUUCUGGUGGCUGCCGACAUCACUGCCUUCGCCGCUGGCGCGGAGGGUGGGGAGCAUUCCCAACGCGUGGAACGGGCCUUGCUCUUCGCGCAAGGCUUGGCGUUGCAGCACGUCUUAGAGGCACCAGCGGAACAGAAGGAUCUGCACCGCAGGGACUUGUUCAGGAGCCGAUGGCCACUUUGGCGCCUGAUGCGCAGCAUAGAGGUGGAACUGGCAAAGGGCCAUGCAUUCAAUGAACCACGUGCACUGCACGCAGAUGCUAUCAUCGAAACUGCGGAAGAAGAGGAUCUGUAUUUGACGGUCAUUGUGCAGUGCCGGAACGAUGACUACGGUGGACACAUGCUCCUGCGACUGAAUCGGAUGUUGGCCACCACUGGACGGAUGCUGCACACCACCGGGGUGCCGUCCGAAAUUAUUAUCGUCGAAUGGAACCCGGUCUUCAACGCGGCGGCGAUCCACGAAGAGAUUCAGCGAGAGCCCGGAAUGGAGACGGUGCCCAUUCGAGUGAUCCAAGUGCCCACGGCGAUACACAUGUCGAUGCCGCAUCACAAGGCACACCCCAUCUUCGAGCACACCGCAGAGAAUGUGGCUUUCAGGAGAGCCCGAGGCAAGUUCAUCCUGAAGACCAACAUCGACAAUAUCCUCGCCCCUGACACCAUUCUCUUUAUCGCCCGGCAGCAAUUGGACCCUACAGUUGUGUACAGGGCAACGUAUAUGGAGUAUGAUGUGACAUGCCCUGAAGCCGAGGGAAAGGCCGCAGACGAGCUGAUUGAGUGGCUCUUUAGCCGGGAGGAGAUCAUCACUGGAAUGAAUCUGGAGAUGGCUGAUUUACGCACAAAGUAUCCAGAAGAUGCCAACGUGUGCAGCGAGGGAAGGCAGGGUGAGGUGCCCAGCAGCCCUCGGCCCUUCUACUGGGCCGGGAGUGGUGACUUCGUCCUGGCCAGUCGCCAACUGAUCCUCAGCGUGCGCGGCUAUCCUGAGGUGGCCCAGAACUGGCAGACCGAUGAUCUGAUCCACUGCCGUUUGCGCGCGGCUGGUGCCCGGCAGGUGGUGUUGCAGCCACCCUGCGUCACGGUGCACCAAAACCACCGACGUAUCAAUCGGGUCCGCGCAAGCACACGCUGGGUCAUCACCGACAAGAACUUCCAGGAGGUCUGUGACAAUCCCUUUCGGCCUCUGAAGACGGAAAUUGGUUUAGACGGUUCCUGGGGAUUUCUGAACGAACGCUUCGAGGAGAACGUGGUGUGA